CCGGACAGUUUUCUUCGCUGCACCGAGAGCGGUGCACCGGCGGACGCGCUCCCCCUGUCAGCCAUGAAGAUGGCGGUGGAAGGCCCGUGCGUCCUGCGGGAUCUGCUGGGCUCCGAGAGCGAGCCGGGCUGGAAGGACGAGGAGCUGUGCGUGGUGGGGGUGUUCGGUAAGACCGCCAUGCUGCAGGGGAGCUGGGAGAAAUGCCGCCUGGUCAACUCGCUCUGCGACCGCCACGUCUUCCCCCUCUUCCACCGCGCGGCCGAGCGGGGCCGGGAGCGCAGCCUGUUCCAGGCUUACUACGAGCAGGACUCCCGGGUGCUGUACCUGCUGCUGACCGGGGUGAGUGACUCGGGCCAGCUGUGCCGGGCCUGCGAGGAGCUGAGCCAGGGAGUGUCCCACGCAGAGGCCCACGAGUGGUGGAAGGACGAGGAGAAGCUGUACUGCAUGCACCUGCUCUACCUGUUCUCUGUGUGCCACAUCCUGCUGCUGGUACACCCCACCUGCUGCUUUGAUAUUGCCUAUGAGAAGCUGUUCAGGGCAUUGGACAGCCUGAGGCAGAAAGUGUUACCCUCCCUGAAAGCUCCACUCAAGGACUGUGCAGUGGGGUUGGACUGGAAACUCAAUGCCAGGCCAUGCCCUCCGAGGCUCCUGUUUGUUUUUCAGCUCAAUGGGGCACUCAAGGUAGAGGCCCGGGGGCCGGGACAAGCGGUCCCGGAGAAACCAAAAAAGCAUUCGCCCAAGAGAAGGCUGCAGCAUGCUUUGGAAGACCAGAUUUAUCGCAUCUUUAGGAAGAGUCGAGUACUAACCAACCAGAGCAUCAACUGUUUGUUUACGGUUCCUGCCAACCAGGCUUUUGUUUACAUUGUGGCCGAACAGGAUGAAGACCCCAUUGGAAUGUUGCUAGAAGGCCUGAGACAUAACUGCACUUUAAAAGAGAGUGAAACAGUGGUGCCCGUGUCUGGUCCCAGGCGCUUUCAAAUGAUGAGGCACACUCGUCAGUUGUCUUUUACUGUUGAAAGUAAUACAAAUGUGUCUGGCCAGUUGGUGGACUGUACCUUGAGGGAAUUCCUCUUCCAACAUGUAGAGCUGGUUUUGACCAAGAAGGGUUUUGAUGACAGUGUUGGUAGAAACCCACAGCCAUCUCAUUUUGAACUUCCCACUUAUCAGAAAUGGGUUGCUGUGGCUUUGAAAUUAUAUGAAAUAAUAAUUGAAAAUAAAGAUGAUGAUCCUCCUGCGUUUCCAGGUGCUUUUCCUCCUAAACUCUUAGCUAACAUGAAAGUAUUGGAAGGUUAUUUAGAUGCUGAUACUAAGUUUUCAGAAAAUCGGUGCCAAAAAGCUCUACCUAUGGCACAUAGUGCCUAUCAGUCAAAUCUACCCCAUAAUUAUACCACAACAGUACACAAAAACCAACUGGCACAAGCCCUAAGAGUGUAUGGCCAACAUGCACGUGGGCCUGCAUUCCAGAAAUAUGCUAUUAUCCUUAAUGAAGAUUGUUAUAAAUUUUGGAGCAGUGGGCACCAGCUAUGUGAAGAAAGAAGUUUGACAGAUCAGCAUUGUGUGCACAAAUUCCACUUGCUGCCAAAAUCAGGUAUGAUGCAUCUUUACAAUCAUGCACACCCAAUGUUUACAUUCACCACACACUUGCCACCGUUAAGCACAUGCCAGAAUUUAGACAAUGUAUAAAACAAAAUUCCAAGUGACUACAGGCACUAACAAAAGUCACAAUAUGUGCUAUUACACACAAGUGUUAAAACAAAUUACAACAAUAUAAAGUGUCAAUAAUUGUCCCAUCCAAAUGUCACCUUCUGGAAACCUAAUGACGUUCUAAUUACUAAAAAAGUGCAACAACCAUAUAAGAGUAUAGCAUCAAUAAUACUCAGUCAAAAUCAAUAAACAAUAAGCCAGAGUUGCGCUAAAACGUUUUUUGUUUUGUUUUUUUAUACUUAUUGAUUAAAAAGCUUUUUUCUUCUAAACCAGUUCUCUGUGAUACAACUUUUAAAAGACAAAUUAAAAAUUGUUUUACAACAAUAAUAAAAUUGUUCAAGUUUUUUGAAAAGCAACUCCUAAAUAAUGAAUGGAUAAGUGCCGCUCACAUUCUGGAGAGUUCAAGUCCCUGUGAGUAUUGAAUUCUAAAUCUCAACAAUGCUCUUAAAAUAUUUGGAAAGACCAAUAAACAGCCAGCUCAGUUUUAUCACUAUUUAGUAGUAAAUGCUACAAGCCACAAAGAACAGGAGGAGAGCAAUAGAGCAAGCACUUCAGGACCAACACUAAGUCUCUUAAUGUACUGUCAUGCAAAGAUUCUCAGCAAGUGCAGAGCUUAAUUAAUGUGUCAUAGGCAUUCUCUCUUUCAUUGCUUCCUCAUUCCUGUUCAACUGACAUAUAGCACAUUACACGUUUUGCCACGUCUCUAGGGGCUUUAUCAAAUGCAAAAGACCAUUGAUAUCAAAUCUACUACUUCUACACUAUUGACAAAUUCCUCUAUUACAUUGCAAUUAAAAAAAACAAAUGUAACAACACACGUGGGAAAAUACCAGUAAAUGUAGCAUAUAAUUUUAACCUCUAAAAAGUUAAUUUACAUUUAUUAACGUUGAUAAAUAAUCCAAAAACAUACUUCACAAACCAAAGGGAAAAUUACAAUAUUUUACAAACCUCCAGUAUAGGAUUGGAGAUUUAGGAUUUGUCAUCACGAGGACCUGAUCUCUCCAGGUAGAUAGUGACACUUAUUCACUCAUUUAUUGCGAGUUACUUUCCAAGGACCUUGAAUGAAAGUACAUGGUCUGUACUGUAUAUUUGAAUUUUGAUUUUUAACUAUGUAUUACAGAAUAUUGAGAACUGGUUUAAAAGAGAGACGCUCUUUAAGCAAUAUGUGUCACAUUUGUGCACACCAUUGGUUUAAUAUUUAUAUACAAUGGUUUUAUACAGGUUGUGUUUUUGUAUGGAAACAAACACUUUUAUUUUUAUUUUAGGAGAAAAAAUUGAACCUGAGAGAAAUCCUCCAAUACUUUUUCACAAUAGUCGGGCACGUUCAACUGGCAGCUGCAACUGUGGAAGGAAGCAAGCACCUCGUGAAGAUCCAUUUGACGUUAAAAGUGCCAAUUAUGAUUUUUAUCAGGUAUCAUGCUUUUGAAACUUACUGCUUUUGUCAAUCACAAUUUUCUUGAUUACAUACAUCUUUGUACAGUGGUGACAAUAAUAUACAUGGACAUGCAAAGAUUAGGCACGAAUCAUAAUAUGAUUCCGAAGCAUAACUGUUUACACAAAGAAACCGGUGUACAUAGCAACACGAUGAUUAUCAUUAUAUCACACCCAGAUCAGAAGCCUGUUUUUAAGUGAAAGAAAAAUACAGUGAAAAAACUGUAUAACAGCAGAGUGAAAAUACAGUGUAGGGCGCCACUUCACAAACAGAGUGGUGUAUAUAUUUACCAACUUGUAGCUGAGCAUGUAGAACUCACAUGAAAAAUAGAAGAGAAAUCACAUAGUGCAAAUGCUUUAAUAAAAAAUGGAAAAAAAACAAAAUAAAAAUGGAACACUCACAAAAGUAGUGGCACAAUUGAAAACAUUAAUAUGUGCAAAAGCGUAUGUGCCUCAAUUAGGCUAAUCCCCUGGAUACAGCAGUCUUGAAUGGUAUGGAGUAUCGGGAACAGUCCCUCUUCACUGACCAUCGAUCAAAAGGCAGCAAUAACGAGGUGUCUGACUUCCAGCCGCAGUAAUCCUUUCAGGGUAAAAAGUAUGCUCAACGCGUUUCGUCUAGGUUCUUAGACUUCAUCAGGAGCUUGUCGUCUUUCCGGGACCGGCGAUUUAAAUAAGCCGGGCUGCGUCGUCUUGUGUGUGGGCAUCCGUGGUCCCGUUAUAUUGGGUAUAAAACACUGAGAUGCAGAUGGGAAGACAAUGUUAAGGGGACACUUAUCUGCUCAAAUACAAAAUAAAUAAAAAUCACCAUUAUGUAGAUAUUCCCCUAAUAAAAACAUGCAUUUUCUUCAGCUUUUUUCAUUGGGGCUGUAUUUGAAAAGCUAUUUCAUAAGCAGAAUAUCUCUUGUCUGUAGCUUUUGCAAGCCCCCCCCUUCUUACCUAUUCCAUACUUUAUUUGCCUUUCAGUGACUUUCCAAUGCAGCUCAAUGAGAAGUGUUUGCAAGACAGGUGCUGUGGGCACUUGCCUACCUCUUGAAUUGAGCUUCACUGGGCUAAACAACCAGAAUGUAAUAUUACUAUUUUAUUAUUUAUAAAGUGCCAGCAAAUUCCAUAGCACUGUAGAAUGGGUGAUAGGGCCACUUGUCUGGUUGACAGCCUUGUGGUUAACAAGGUUAGUUUAUAAAAAGGGACACUAUAGGCACCCAGACCACUUCAUCUCAUUGAAGUGGUUUGGGUGCACUGUCCCUGUUUACGUAACCCUAUUUUAUAUAUUACAGUUUAUAUUGCAGGUUUAAGACUGCCUCUAGUGGCUGUCCUGCUGUUUAAUGGAGUUACAGGAUAAAUAGAUAUCGCAUACACACAAGCCAAAAGAAAAUAAACGGUUACUGCUAUUAUGAACUUAGCUUAUGCAAGGAGGUUUGUAUGCGUUAUAAGCAGUAAUAAGGCGUAGCAAUGAUUCUGAUACAUAAAUUCGCAAGUAUUAUGGAUACCUUAUUCUAUAUUUAAAGGGCAAGUAAGAUGUCUCUAAGGCAAGACAGGAUCCAAACAAUAAUCAUUGAAUAAAAAUUUCAGGGAAACAUUCCUGAAUGUCUUUUGCAGCGAAAACGGACAAUUGAAACAUCAGAACUAGGACAACUGAACACCACCAUUUAGCUGCUUUUCAGCACUUGGUGAACAGAACUCACUGUCAAGGCACAGUCUGACAUGUUGUGUAAAUCUCCCUAUUGCGCAAUGUGCAUGAACUUGUUAAAGGGACACUAUAGUCACCAAGACAACUUAAGCUUAAUGAAGCAGUUUUGGUGUAUAGAUCAUACCAAUGCAGUCUCACAGCUCAAGUCUUUGCCAUUUAGGAGUUAAAUUAAAAAUCACUUUGUUUUUGCAACCUUAGUCACACCUCCCUGAAUGUGUUUUACACAGCCUUCCUAAACACUUCCUGUAGAGAGGCAUCUAAGGUUUACACUUCCUUUAUUGCAAAUCCUGUUUAAUUUAGGAUUAAUUAUCUCCUGCUAUGUUAAUAGCUUAGUAGACCAUGUAGGAGCCUCUUGUAUGUUGUUAAUGUUCAAUUUACAGAGCAGAAGAUAAAAACAUUUUUUAAGUAAGUUACAUCUGAUUUCAAAAUGAAACCAUUUUUUUUUUGUUUCAUGUGUGUCUAUCACAGCCAGGGCAGGUGUGGCUAGGCCUGCAUAAACGAACUUUACACUAAAACUGCUUCAUUAAGCUAAAGUUGUUAUGGUGACUAUAGUGUCCCUUUAAUUAUCGCUUAGGCAGUGUUAAUGUGCUGUCUGUUUACCUUAUAUCUGACACUGUGAUAUGCAGCAGGCAGAUUAUAGUUGAUAAGGAAAGUGGUAAACUGAACAACAGCCCUAGUGAUUUUGCUAGAUUGAGGCACAGAUUAUGAGAAGUAUGUCUGUUAAUGUAGAACGAUGAAAGAGGCAGUUACAGCGAUAUUAACACACUGGGUAGUCUAUCAAGUUAUGCCAGCUACCUGAAGGAAAAUAAAAUAUUAAGAAAAUGCACUAGUAAUAUUCUAUAUCUGUCUAAACUGGAAAUAAACACCCCAUGUUAGAAAAUAAAAGUAGGCACAAUAGAACAGUGAUGAGGCAAUAAGCCUAGUUUACAAGUAGAUUAUACCCCAGUCAAAAGUAAAGGAUCAUACGCUUUUAAAAUAUCAACAGACCAAAAAGAAUAAAAAUUCCACUGGCUUAGGAAUACAAAACUACACAUCAUACAUUACUUUUCAUACACUGAGAGACUAGUGCAAGCUAUAAGUAAGCUUUUGUGGCCCAUCAAGGUAAGAGAAAAAUGAAAAGCACUCUGCCUAUGCCCACUAAUCGAAAACCACAGCCACCAUAAGGAAUAUUCCCACAAAACGCGCCUAGCAAAGCUGGUCAGGGAUUUCCGACGAUGUGAGCUGUGCAUGGGGGUUCGGCCCUGGUCGUGUCUUCGCCUAGGUAUCUGAUGACAAGGUUGGUCCUGCUGUAUCGCUCUGAAAACAUUCGUUGCAACCUUGUGAUAGUGAUCAGUGAGUCUCAGGAAUGUCUGGUAUAAAGAUGGCAACCUGGCUUUCUAUUCAGAUUAAGUGGGUACAGAGGCUCUAGCACCUAUAUGUACCAGACCAGCUGCCAUUCGAGGGACACUCUGCAAUUGCUGCUGAGGUGGACAGUGAUUCCUCUUUGGUGUCUCAGACCCUGGCAUACAUUUGCUUAGAUUCAGCCUAAAGGUAUUGAAGAGUUCAUCUAAGCGAGCCAUGAUGUUAUGUGACUGUCCUUUAGAACUCAAGGAGCAUGUGGCAUCCGCCGCCUUAGAUGUUCUUGAGCACCUGCGUUAGUCAGAUGAUAAGCAGGCCACAGGAUCGCUAGUGUUGCUUGGUAAGAAUCAAUGAUAUCCUAGUGGGAUAACACACCGGUAAGGAGGGGUCCAUGCUCUGUCAACUGGCUUUAGGGCGAAGAAGUGUGGAGAGAUCGGCCAUUUCUCCCCCCUUGGAUCUGGUAGGCCUAAAUAGCCACAAAGCAUAAUUUGCUCCAAAAGAGUCAGAAAUGUCUCUUAUAAUAAUCGUGCAGAGACAACAGGUAGCCCCUGCAGCCUAAAUGCCCGCUUUCUCAAGCAAAUUAAGUGGUUAAAUAGGCAGAUAAUCGCUUUUUCUCCAGGAGCUCCAACUAGAUGUGAAUUAUCAACAUGACAGUCAAGCCCCGUCCCCCUUGACAUUUCUUAUACUUUUGCUUAUCCAGUUACAGAAUGUUCCUUAUUUUGCAGAUUCCAUCUCACCAUCUUAUAAUUUUAAUUUCUUAUUUAUUUGUAGAUACUGGAAGAGAAAUGCUGUGCAAAGCUUGAUCAUAUCGAUUUUCCAAUAUUUCAACCAAGCACACCAGAUCCUGCACCUGCAAAGGAUGAAGCCUCUACAGUUCCACAGGAAGGAGAGGUGGAAGUGGAAAAGCUGACUGUCAAGGAACCGCAAACACAGGGAGAAAGUACUAGCCUAAGUUUGGCUCUUAGCUUGGGCCAGUCAACUGACAGUCUUGGAAAUUAUCCAGCUGAUGCUCAUGCUGGAGGUGACAAUGCAGAUCCUGUGCCAGCAGGACAGGUGAAAGGGGAAAAAAGACCAAGUUUAACCGAUCGUCAGGCAUCGACUGUGGAAUACCUCCCUGGAAUGAUGCAUUCCAAUUGUCCAAAAGGUCUCUUACCCAAAUUCUCAAGUUGGGCCUUAGUAAAACUUGGGCCUGCUAAAUCUUACAACUUUCACACAGGUUUAGAUCAGCUUGGCUUCAUCCCAGGCACUAAUUAUUUGAUGCCAUGGGACAUUGUUAUCCGCACAAAAUCAGAAGAUGACGGGGACUUAGACAACAACUCUUGGCCAGCACCUAAUAAAUCUAUUCCUGGAAAGAGGAGUGCAGUGGUUAUAGGCAGAGGUCGGAGAAGAGAUGACAUUGCAAGGGCCUUUGUUGGUUUUGAAUAUGAGGAUUCCAGAGGACGCAGAUUCAUGUGCUCUGGACCAGAUAAAAUUAUGAAGGUUAUUGGUAAUGGGCCAAAGGAAUCUGCAGUCAAAGCAUUGAACAGUGACAUGCCCUUGUAUAUGCUAUCCCCUUCUCAGGGUAGAGGACUUAAACCUCAUUAUGCGCAGCUGAUGAGACUCUAUAUUGUGGUUCCAGAGGCUCCUUUGAAUAUUGUAAUGAAUCCUCAGGUAAGUUGACCGAAAAAUGCAUAAACCAUUAUAGAAUGUGACGGCAGAUAAGGACCAUUCGGCCCAUCAUUGACAAAGUGACUCCAUACUGUCAAGUAACUAUUUAAAAAAUAUAUAUAUAUUGUUUGGAUUGAUAGGAGACCAAUCAAUGUUCGCUAUAAUAAUUUCAUAGGAAAAUUAAGCUAUCUCACUGCGGUACCACUGAGCGGAUUUUAACACCAGACAAUUGCCUCUGAUUGGUUAUGUAGAUGGAUCUGGAAUAUGCCCCCAGCUGAAUCUACUCUGGUUAGGAUAAAAAUCAAAUAUUCUCAAAAUAUGGUCUUUCUUUCCCUUAAAAAGAUGUUCAUGAAUCUUUAGCAACUUCCAAGUCCCCAGAGGAGCUGGUAGAUUUACAUCAAACCUAAAGAUUUAGAAAGGGGUAGGGUGGAGGCAACUAUUUUACUCAUUUAUUUUCUUUAGUUUGUUCUAGUACCACUUGAUAGCAAACCGAGAAUAGCAGUCAUUGCUUGAAAUGGCUUGUUUCCUAAGGAAUUAUUUGCUAGUAUGAUCUACUGCAGCUUAAAAGGGCACUAUAGUGUCAGCGAAACAAACGUAUUCCGUACACUAUAGUUCUUAAACCACCAUUAAGAUGGUUGGCCCCCCUUACUUCAGGUUAGAAAAGUGAUUUACUCACCUUUUUCUAGUGCAGGGCUUCUCGUGUCUGGCCCCAGCCCUCUCUCCUCCUCCUUGGCUGACAUCAUCAAAAUUGAUAACCUCAGCCAAUCACAAUGCUCUCAGGGAAAGCAUUGAAUUGGCUGAGAUGGGCUGAGCCAAAUGCCACCCUGACCAAACAGCAUCUCCUCAUAGAGUUGCACUGAAUCAAUGCUUACCUAAGGGAAACAUUCAGCAUCUCCAUGCAGCACUGGCCCAGGAAGUGCCUCUAGGGGCCAUAUGAGGUGUGGGCACUAGAAGUGUUCAUAGGCUCUAAUGUAAACACUGCUCUAUACUCACCAGAACAACUACAUUAAGUUACUGUAGUUGUUCUGGUGACUAUUGUGUCCUUUUAAAGCCAGAGUAAAGAAAAACAAUACUCUAACACACAGCAUUCGAUGGUGUAAUGGCAAAUUAUUAAAAAAAAUACUCCCCAUUUCAUUUAUUGUUUUGGAUUCUGCACAACAAGAAUCUGGACUUUCAGCACAGGCACCAAAUCUAUUGGGUUAUUCAAUUGUGCCGCUGUUAUAACUAUACUUAAAGCCAGAGUAACUCAGUGACUUUCUCUAGAAUGUUAUGUUAACUAUUGAACAGAUCUUGUGUAGCAUUCUUGUCCAGAGCACUACAUAAUCGUAGGAUUUACAGAAAGAUACAUAAUUUUGAUUUAAUAUUUUUAGCGCUCUUAUAAAAAGUGCAGUGCAUGAAGGCCCAAUCACCCUACAGUUUAAUUGGCUAAUGUGUAUUUAGACUGUUAUAGAUAACUGGUGAUAUGUGCAGCAAUACAAACAUUUAUUUCAGAUGUAUGUAACUGAAGAGUUUGUGAGCUAGGUUGCAGUGAAUGGUGAUUUCAAGCCGGUGGAGAAUUAUUAUGGUACCUUCAGCGCUCCAGAUGUUGUGGACCAUAGUGCUCUUACAGCCAUAAGGUGGCAAGGCAUCAGGCAAGAUGUAGUCAACAACAUCUGGAGUGCUGAAGGUUGCCUAUCACUGGUCUGGUAACCUCUUACGUUUUUCCCUUCACCAAGGCCAUUUUCCCCCUCAGCCCAAUUCUUGUGGCCUGAUGUCACUCCACCUCACCAAAGGUGUAGAGAUGCCAAGGAGAGUACAGCCAUUGCCUACCUGGCGCCAGCAUGCUGUGUGUGCUAACAUCAGAUGCUAAUUUUGUAAAGAAUUACCAUUGGCCAGGACAUUGUUUUUGGCUGGCUAAUGACGUUACCAGUGGUGGAGUUACACCUCUGGCAAGGAAGAGGUUAAUCGUUACACAUUCAGACUCCAGGCAUCAGGUUCACUUUUAUCACUGAAGUGGUCAUGUUGCUUAGUCAACCGUUAAACCAUUAAACUGUCAACAUCUUAUUGUAUUUAAAGAUCCAAACCGCAAUUAAAUUAAAGAGAAUAUCUACCAUAACCAAUGUGUCCGACUGUUUUUGGUUAUGGUGUCAGGAGUGCUCUGGUGCUAUCCCAUGUUAAAAUGUCAAACCAUUUUAGUAGUUUGGGAACUCACCUAAGUCAUGCUGGGGUCCUACAUUGCCUCCCCUGAUAGACGACCCCAGUCACUGCUGGUGCAUGUGGAGGGUGGGAAGGGAUAGAAAGAAAAAGUGAAAAUCAUCACAAAUUCAUAGUCAGUUUCUGAUUAUGUUUAUGUAGCCUCUGGAUGAAAAAUAAUUGGAUAUCUUACAUGAAUAUGUGUAUUUGUAUUUGUUUUCAGGAGUGGUUACCUCUCUUUCUUGAUAUUUCUAGGUGCAACCUGGUCCACCUCCUUGCUCUGUGUUCUAUCCUGAAAAGCAGGAAAUCACUCUACCUUCUGACGGACUGUGGGUUCUGAGAUUCCCUUAUUCCUACGUAACUGACCGUGGCCCAUGUUACCCUCCAAAGGAAAACCAACAGCUGAUGAGCUACAAGGUUAUGAGAGGGAUCUUAAAGAUGGUCAAUCCGUAAAGCAUACACUUUCUGACUAACUCGGCAUCAGUUCCCUUAUGUAAAGUCUAUCUGUGAGGGUUCUUUGUGUCCAUGUGGGAGAUCCAUAAAAUCUUUGUUGACUGGUUGCCAUUGAGGUUGGCGACAUGCAGCAGCUUCAGACUCUCCCUGCAUGAGUGAUAGCAGAGCUGACCAGUCCAAUGCUGAGAUGGUUAAAGCAGAACUGUCAUUUCCCUUGAAUGUUCAUCAUUGAAUAACACAUUUAUUUACCGUUUAAAAGAAAACAAAGUAUAAUUUGACAAAAGUUUUAAAUGAUUGUCAAAGGUUUAGCAAGUUACAUUAUCAUCCAGUCCAGGCACUGUCAGAGCUUAAAAAGGCAACAUGUAUGCUGAAGAUUGACAGGGAUCCAAAAUGUAGACGCCUAGUUCCAGGAUAAAAGUGUUGAUUUCUAUAUAUUUAGUUUUAUUUUUCAGAACCAAAAAAUUAUAUAUGCUAAACACAGGAAAUAAGUAGAGAUACUAUUAGACAUCAUGGGAAGUAAUAGUUGUCCGUUAUGCUGCCGACCCCAGCAAUAGUGUCUUGGAUCAACAGCGUGCAGCACUUGCUUGUCCUGAUAGCUGGUAUGAAGAGGACUCAGGGUUUUCAGUCUGCUUCCUCCCUGCUGUUAGUGAAGGAAAGAGCAGGGACAAAAUGCAUAUUACUGCACCGGCAGCAUUACGUAAGCCAUCCUCUUUUCUUUCAUUAGUGGACUUGUCUGGCAGGUGAAUUUCAUGUCUUUUUUUUUUUUCAAACACUUUUACCGUGAUAUGGCACCCACAAAUGGAUUUACUGUAUGGUGUCUGUGAAAUUGUGAGUGUAUCUAUGAAAGUUUUAAGAGUGUUUGAAGCUGUCUGGAAUUGAAUCCGUGAGAAAGCAGGAAUGUUUGUAUAUGUUAGUGUUUGUAAGAGCAUCUGGUGAGUCUCUGCAAGUCUGAGCCUCUGAGAGUUUGAGAGCAUUUGUAGGUGUCUGUGUUUGUGUAAGUACCCUCUGCAAAUGUUAAGCAUUAUACCUUUGACUGCUCACUCAUCCAUACUUAUUUUAUUUUUAAAAGGGCAUUUUUAUAGGUGUGCCUUGAUUAUACUUGUGCCGUUAAAAUGUGAUUCAUCCCAAAAAUGCUUGCAAACACUGAUCUAGAUAAUGGCUUUAAUUACAAAACUUAAACAGUUUUGUGUCCUCAAGUGAGAUCUUAAUUAGAUUAGAUUUUUCCCCUCUUUGGAAUCAUGUCCAGGUCAUGCACAAUAUAUAACAAUUUGUUCUCUUCAUGAUGUCAUACAAUCAGAUGUUUGUAGUGACUUAAGAUAUUUAAUUAUAUCAAAAUUGAAUUAUGAAAGCCAGUUAACAUCGGUGCAAUUAUCAGCUUUUCUGAUUUGUUAGAGGAAUUGGCUGGUACAUGUUUUCUCCAUAUAAUGAAUGAUGAAUUAGGAGACAGUUUGAACUGCCAUUCUAAGGAGUAGUGCCCCAUCCUAUUUUGAAAAAUAAUAAAGGAAAUGCUUAAUCUAAAAACGAUUAGAUUUCUACUGGUUUAUUUCAGUUAUCACAAAUUCGAAAAUAAAAUGUCUAUGACUAAAUGCUUUUAUAAAAUGUAUUGUAUUAUGCAAUGCACAACCCCAGGAGCAAAGGAUAGAGUGUGCGUUUUUAUAUAUAAUGUUUCUACUUGCCAUUGGUGAGUGACUAUUUAGCCCUGGUGAGUGUGACAUAGAUCCUCAAGUCAUGCAGUGGCCAGUAAAGGUAAGGAUUUCUACAUGGCUGUAGCAGCAGACAGGCAGGAAUUUAAUAGAGCUCACAUUUUCUAUAAAAAUAAUAAAGGAUUUAUAUAGUGUUAUGACUAAACAUCUGUAUUCCUAACACUAUAGUGCCCUCUGGUCCCCGUGUCACUCACGCCCCCCUCUAGCAUAUAAAAAGUUUUUUAAAAAGGCUUUAUUUACUUACCCAAUUCCAGCGCUGACGUCCCUCAGCACUUUGCAUCCUCCAACUUCAUCUGACUGGGCGCAGUAUGCCUUCCCCAUAGAAAAGCAUUAACGUAAUGCUUUCCUUUGGUGAUUUCACUUGACACUGGAUGUCCUCAUGCAUAAGGGACCUAGAGUCUGGUAAACUCUCCGAAGCACCUAUAGUGGCUGCCUGGUAGACAGCCACUAGAGGCUGUCUUAGUACUACAUUGUACACAUUGCAGUUUCUAAAAAUGAGCUAAAGUGGUCUGUGUGCCUAUAGUGUCCCUUUAAAGAAAAAGUUAAAGGGACACUAUAGUCACCUGAACAACUACAGCUUAAUGUAUUUGUUCAGGUGAGAUCUAUAGCUCCCUGCAGGCAAUCUAAUGUAAACACUGUAUUUUCAAAGAAAAUACAGUGUUUACAUUGAUUGAUAGGAAUAACUCCAGUAGCCGUCACUCAGACGGCCACCAAAGGGACUUCCUAUCAUGUAGGGCCCUAAAAAGGCCUUGUACACGUCAGACGUAUUAAGAUACUGUGUGCGCGCCUUCUGUCUCCUGCCUGUCAGCAGAGGAGAGGGGGCGGGCAAAGACAGCGAGAUGAGCUGUCAGUCAGCUCGUGGCCGCGUGCAUGUGUAGUAGUGCGCUCAGGACUUGAGAGGGCGGCAUGAAUGCCGCCCUAUGAAGUAUGUGCGCAUGUGCAACGAAGAUGCACAUGCGCACAAGGGAGCAAUGACGCUGCCAAAUGGAAGCGUCCGAUUGCUCCCUGCUCGCGCCCAUUUUGUAAUUUUGACGGGAUUGGGGGCGCGGCUUCACGAGGCUCCCGGCGCUGGAACCAGGUGAGUAAACUACUCUGUCUGGAGAGUCCCUUUAACCGUGUGUUUAUAAUUGAUUAGUUCCAAUAUUUUCGGAUGUUACGAUUUGUACAUCCCAUCCCACAUCUCUAUCCAUGGCUUAUGCUUAGACCGUGAAGUUGUCGUAUUCAGGAGUUAAGCCUUGUAACUUUCUACACUGUGUUCAGUAUACUAGAUUUGUUGUGGAUACUGUAUUGUCCUUUUAUGUACUGUACAGUCAGUCUGAAACAAUCCAUUGACCUAAUGUUACUUGGAUCCCUAUCUUCUCGUCUGGCUAUUAAACAACACCUUAGCCUGAACAUUGGUUUAAAUAUAUUUAGCCUUUAUUUACUGAACUCUAAAAUGUAAUUUGUAAUCUGAACUGCAAAAUUAAGACUAAAUCAGCUACUUUUACUUUAAAUUUGGCCAGUUUUUAAUGUGAUAUAAUUUGGAGCUUCUGGAGUAAUCAUAUUUGCAUACUGUAUCCUUGUCUCUUUUACCAGUUUUGCUAAUGGCUUGUGUCGGGUUGAUUUUGAUUCAAAGAGAUUCUAUAGCCGUUUUCAUUGCAGCACCAAGUGCAAAAGGGACACUACACCCAGAUCACUUCAAUCAGCUGAAGUGGUCUGGGUGCCUAUAGUGUCCCUUUAAUUCAUGAUUUAAAUCGCUAGUCAGUAAUGCUAUUUGAAACAUGCACUUUUUCACAGCAAGGAUAUUCUAAAAUAAAGACAUACAAAGUUCAGAAAAAUACUUUAAUACCAUUUGUUAUUCUGCAAAUCUGUGCACACACAAUGAGCACCUUACCGCAGCCUUCAGCUCUCCAGAUGUGGAUUACAUCUCCCCUGUUAAUUUGAGAGUAUUAUGGAAGACCUAGUCCACAACAUCUUGGGUGCCGAAUGUUGCCUAUCCCUGCCCUUAUUCAUGUUGAAUAACCUUUGGACUAAAAUGUAACUUAAAUGAAUAAUAAAAUAAAUACAUUGUUUGUAGUGCUUAUGGUGCCUGGAGUGUACUUUUUUGUCUUUCUAAAAACUGAAUAAAAAACUUUUCUUGCAGACCUUCUUCAUGCUGCACACAUUUCAACAUGAGAGAGUUUAAAAAAACAAAAAAAACUUUUCAGAUUUCCUACCGAGUAUAAUAGUGUGAUCUAAUAAAAAUAUUAUUAGCAUUUAUAAUAAUAUUUAUAAAGUG